UUUGAAGAACCGACGUUGUUAUUAGUGAUGUAUUUCAAAUUUUGAAAGAAAUUUACUUCAUUUUUGUGACGUAGAUGUAUUCGAUUUAAUGAAUAUUAUCUCAGUCUAGUUAUUACACCAAUUGAUCUUUUAUAAUGAGUGUGUUCGCGCAGAAAUUUAGUUCUUUGCGGUGCACGUACUCUAUGUUAUUAAGGUUAUGUGACAAGCGCAAGUGUCCGCAAUGGGUCGGCACGCUGAAGGAACGUAGGUUUAGCGCUUUGACAUGGUCGCGCGUGCACUAUGCGAUAUGCAAUUGGGAUAAUUUGCGCCGGAGUCACCAGUUCCCGUUACCUGCCACCGAUCAAAAGAUUGUUGACAAAUUCGGUAGUACAAUAAACUUCACCUCGGAUCAAUUGAAGGAGAACGACUAUGCUCACAAUCUGUUCCUGAGUUCGCUGAACUACAAGGACACCGUGAUGCAGCCGAGUAUGACGUAUGCCCAUGUUACGAACGAAGAAGCUUUGAGGAUCUUGGAAAAGGAUUGGAGUGCACCUUUUACGAAAAACGAAGAAAUACUGUCGGUUAUCAAGAAGCUAUCUUAUAACAUUUCCUCCUCAAAGGAAAGCAUUGAUCGAUUCAAGUAUAAGGAUGUCUUCAAUGCACUAUCUACACAAUAUGAGAAAUUAAGUGACAAAGAUUUGAUAAUACUAAUGCGGUAUAUUAUACCAUUUCAGAAACAUCUGAAAGAUUGUAAUUUCUAUCAAAACUUUUGCGAACAAGUGGAUAGAGAAUGCACAGCGAGAUUCUUGCAAUUGAACAUCCAAGAGACACUGUUACUCUGUGAUAUAUUGUAUCAAAUGAAGAAAAUUCAUUCUAUUUACAUAUGGCACUCUAUAAAAAAAUUAGGCAAUAGGCCCAGUAAGCUUAAGCCGCAUCAACUAGUACAAAUUUUGUUCUUUCUGAAUGUGUGCCGCAAACCGCCUAUAAAUAUGUACGAGCUCGAGUAUCGUUUGGAGCAGUGUAUAGAUGACUUGUCCAUCAAUGAGCUAGGUAUAGCAGCUUUGGGUUUCUUCAAGACUGGCACGCAAAUUAAAAGCGCUAAUUUUGUGACUCGUAUCAUAAAAAAGACUAUUACUGAAAUGGAAGCAGUGAGCACUGUCAGUAUUGGAGCACUCUUAAAAAUAAUACGGUACAGCAUGCAACUCACCGAAUUAAAAACGUUUGAAGACUUAUGCACAGCUUUGAUACCGCACUUACCGCGCUUUACACUGAUGUCUCUAACGCACAUUUCGCACGCGUGCGCGCGAGGUUCGUGGUACGAUAAGGAACUUAUGGACAUAAUAAUUACAAGAUUCAAUAGCGAAUUAAAAACUGCGAGAUUAAAGGAUAUCGAGAGACUCAUUUUCAGUUUUGUUAGUCUUAAUAUCGAUUCGAACAUUUAUCAGAACGUAGUUGAGGAAUUAAGAGCUACUUGGGACACAAGCCGAGCGAGGGAAAUAUCACUGUUUCCACAGGUAGCUGCACGUACUUUAGGAUAUUUGGCAAGAAAGAGUAUAUAUCCUACUGAUCUGAUUCAAUGUGUCAUGACACCGGCAUUCAUUAACAAAGUUUGCUAUAAUAAUCAUCGCUUCCUCACAGCCGAAUAUUGCGUAUUGGACUACAGCCUUCGAUUAGAAGUACCUGAAUAUCAAGGGCCAUUUCUUAAGCCUGCUACAUGCAGUUUCCUAGAAAAGAAACAUUUUGAGGCAUUUGUCACAACCACAGCGACGCACUCUCAUGCAAAUUUACUUCUCACUAGUGUGCUGGAAACAUGCCAGGAGAUAUUCAAUACUACGUCAAACAUAUCGGCCGUUCGACCAUUACCACACUAUGCACAACUGGAUAUAAUUUUCUGUCUGGAUGAGCAAAACCAGCUCGUACCAUCGGAGGAAUUUAUAUCGCAAUUUAAACAGGGCGAAUUUAAACGUGUAGAUAAGGAUUCAAAAAACGUCAGGUGGAUCGCUCUUGUUCUGGCUUCCCAAAGCCUUUUAAUAAGAAACACGAACUUACCUAUUGGACUUCUAGUUGCAAAAAUGAGACAGCUAUCCAUAAUAGGCUAUACGCCAAUCAUGGUAUCGUAUAUUUCUUGGAAAAAAUGUAUAUCACAACAGGACAAGUGUGAUUAUAUUAGAAAUCUUGUAUUCAAAAAUAAUUUGUCAAAACAAUGCAAUACGUAAUAUUAUACCGAAUUUGACACAAA